CGUGCUCCAUUUUACUUAUGGCAUUCUCCUGCACUCAUGCUUUCUUUUUCUGUAUCUGUCUAUCUCAGCUGUGUGUCAGUCACACUGCCCAAGCAGCCACAAUCUACGACCAAGUUCCUCUUUAACUGAGAACAGCAAAAAUAGCAGCCAGUUCCUUAAACACUGUAGCUGAGAAAUAUGUCCGUGCUUGAAGAAAAAUUGGCGCUGAGCUUAAGUUAAGGUUGAGAGGAGACUAUAGCAAGUCCUGGAACUAAACAUCUUCCUGCUAAGGUUUGAAAUAAAAAAUAUAUAAAAGAAACAAGAACAGAAGUAAAUCAAAAAUGAUGGCCUGAGCAGUGUUUUUUGUUUGUGGAACCAGACUUGAUACGGAAGGCAAGAUGAACAGGAAAGACAGUAAAAGGAAAUCCAGGCACGAAUGUGCUGGUUUAUUAGUUAACACCAGCGGCAACUGCAAAGGACGCCAACGGUGCAGACGUCGGAUGACGUGCCCUAGUGAGGCAGAGAUAAAUAAAGCCAAGGCCAUGAUGGCAAUGCCUCAGCUGACCAAAGGAUGCAGUGUGACAGAAUUAAUUGACAAGUGCAUUCAGUGCUUUGAUCUGGAUGGCUGCUUGUGCAGGAGUAAUCAUAUAGUAAAUAUGACCCUGAUGAUGCACUGCUGGGUAAUGGCUUCUGCAGAAUUUGCACGCAGACUUCUUGCAUUAUAUCGGGAGGCCUUAGAAGAAAAACAGCCUACUGUUUGCCUCAAAAUUUGUCAUUUUGUAAGGUACUGGAUCACACAAUACCCUGCUGCAUUUAAGAGUGAUUCAAAACUGGAAGAAGCCAUGUCUGAUUUCUGGGAGGUGGUGAAAAAGGAAGGAGAUGAGUCUCACUGCCAGCUCAUUGAUACAUCCAGUGUUCAUACCCAUGAGUGGACAAGAAAAUUAACGUAUACAGCCACCCCAAACUACAACAAGAAAAGGAAAGUUUCAUUACUUUUUGAUCACUUGGAGCCAUCUGAGUUGGCUGAUCACCUUAGCUAUCUGGAAUUUAAAGCCUUCUGCAGAAUAACGUAUUUAGACUACAGGAACUAUGUAGUACGUAGUGCCAUAAGGGAGAACCCUGCACUAGAACGUUCAGUGGCGCUGUGUAAUGGCAUCUCACAGUGGGUGCAGCUGAUGAUUCUGAGUCGACCUACUCCACAGCAAAGGGCAGAAGUCUUCACCAAAUUUAUCCACGUUAUGCAGAAACUGCGACAAAUUCAGAAUUUCAGUACACUAAUGGCAAUAAUUGGCGGUGUCUGCCACAGUGCUAUCUCCAGAUUAAAAGAAACUAAAUACCACUUGUCCCAGGAUGUCGUCAAGACACUGAAUGAAAUGACUGAGCUUGUCUCCUCCAACAGUAACUAUAGCAACUACAGGCGAAUUUACAGUGAAUGUACAGGCUUCAAAAUUCCCAUUGUGGGAGUCCACCUUAAGGACCUGGUUUCUGUGUAUGAGGCUCUACCAGAUUACUUGGAGGACAAUAAGAUGAACUUGAGCAAGCUGCAGACUUUGUACAACCUAGUGUCUGAAUUGACUCAACUACAACAAGCCACACCACCGUUUGAGGCCAACAAGGACCUAAUUCAUCUGCUUUCGGUAAGAAAAAAGAUGGCCAUUUCUGACAUUCCCAAAUAA